GUGGCUCGGUACCUGCGGAUCCUCCCGCUGGGCUUCCACACACGCAUCGCCCUGCGCAUGGAGCUGCUCAUCUGCAUGAACAAAUGUGGCUGAUCCACACACACACACACACACACACACAGAGCUCUGAUGAGCUGUCGAGAUUUUCUGUUCAAUAGUUUCUGUUUUCUGUUCCUGAAAUAAACUGCAGAUUACUGUAA